AUGAACCAGUCUGUGGUGUUGGUGAACCCAGGGCCCACUGCCAACUCCAGCCGCGGGGAUCUGCUCUCUGCCCGCCUCAACCACUCCUGCCCUCUAGGCUGGGGCCUGAACCAGGGCCUGGAGGCGUGCAUCCUGGAGACGGCGGUGAUCGUGCUGCUCACAGUCCUCAUAAUCGCAGGAAACGUCACCGUGAUCUUCGUGUUCCAUUGCGCGCCGCUGCUGCACCACUACACCACCAGCUACUUCAUCCAGACCAUGGCGUACGCGGACCUCCUGGUGGGACUCAGCUGCCUGGUGCCCACGCUGUCGCUGCUGCACUACCCGGCCAGCGUCCAGGAGCCCAUCACCUGCCAGGUCUUCAGCUACGUCAUCUCCGUGCUCAAGAGCGUGUCCAUGGCGUGCUUGGCGUGCAUCAGCGUGGACCGCUACCUCGCCAUCACCAAACCGCUGUCGUACAACCAGCUGGUGACGCCGUGCCGUCUCCGCGGCUGCAUCACGCUCAUAUGGCUUUAUUCCGGCCUGGUCUUCCUGCCCUCCUUCUUCGGGUGGGGGAAGCCGGGUUACCAUGGCGACAUCUUUGAGUGGUGCGCACACUCUUGGCCCACGUCUGCGCUCUUCACCGGCGCCGUGGUUUGCCUGCUGUACGCUCCCGCCGCGCUCGUCGUCUGCUUCACCUACUUUCACAUCUUCCGCAUCUGCCAGCAGCACAACCGCGAGAUCAGCGAGAGGCGGGCGCGCUUCCCCAGCCAGGAGAUGGAGGCGGAAGGAGCAGGCGGCACGCAACACGGCGGAGGUGGCAUCAGCAGCAGCAGCAGCGGCGGCGGCGGGGAGCGACACGGCCCAGACAGACGCUACGCCAUGGUCCUGUUCCGCAUCACCAGCGUCUUCUACAUGCUGUGGCUGCCGUACAUCAUCUACUUCCUGCUGGAGAGCUCGCACGUCCUGCACAGCCCCGCCCUCUCCUUCGUCACCACGUGGUUAGCGAUUAGCAACAGCUUCUUCACUGCGCCGCCGACGACAGAGACUUUGGGGAUUCCAAACCGAGGAGACGAGCCAACUCCUGCUCCAUCUGAGGCGCCGUCUGAGGCGCCGUCUGAGGCUCCGUCUGAGGCGCCGUCUGAGGCUCCGUCUGAGGCUCCGUCUGAGGCUCCGUCUGAGGCUCCGUCUGAGGCUCCGUCUGAGGCUCCGUCUGAGGCGCCGUCUGAGGCUCCGUCUGAGGCUCCGUCUGAGGCUCCGUCUGAGGCUCCGUCUGAGGCGCCGUCUGAGGCUCCGUCUGAGGCUCCGUCUGAGGCUCCGUCUGAGGCUCCGUCUGAGGCUCCGUCUGAGGCUCCGUCUGAGGCGCCGUCCAAGGCUCCGUCUGAACAGUGGUUUAAAUGGACCCUGGCGCGUCAGACCCUGGCGCGUCAGACCCUGGCGCGUCAGACCCUGGCGCGUCAGACCCUGGCGUGUCAAACCCCGGCGCGUCAGACCCCGGCGCGUCAGACCCCGGCGCGUCAGACCCCGGCGCGUCAGACCCCGGCAGUGGGUCAGACCCCGGCAGUGGUUCAGACCCCGGCGCGUCAGACCCCGGCGGUGGGUCAGACCCUGGCGGUGGGUCAGACCCUGGCGGUGGGUCAGACCCUGGCGGUGGGUCAGACCCCGGCGCGUCAGACCCCGGCGGUGGGUCAGACCCCGGCGGUGGGUCAGACCCUGGCGGUGGGUCAGACCCUGGCGGUGGGUCAGACCCUGGCGGUGGGUCAGACCCUGGCGGUGGGUCAGACCCCGGCGCGUCAGACCCCGGCGGUGGGUCAGACCCUGGCGGUGGGUCAGACCCUGGCGGUGGGUCAGACCCUGGCGGUGGGUCAGACCCUGGCGGUGGGUCAGACCCCGGCGGUGGUUCAGACCCUGGCGGUGGGUCAGACCCCGGCGGUGGGUCAGACCCUGGCGGUGGGUCAGACCCUGGCGGUGGGUAAGACCCCGGCGGUGGGUCAGACCCUGGCGGUGGGUCAGACCCUGGCGGUGGGUCAGACCCCGGCGGUGGGUCAGACCCCGGCGCGUCAGACCCCGGCGGUGGGUCAGACCCUGGCGGUGGGUCAGACCCUGGCGGUGGGUCAGACCCUGGCGGUGGGUCAGACCCUGGCGGUGGGUCAGACCCUGGCGGUGGGUCAGACCCUGGCGGUGGGUCAGACCCCGGCGGUGGUUCAGACCCUGGCGGUGGGUCAGACCCCGGCGGUGGGUCAGACCCUGGCGGUGGGUCAGACCCCGGCGGUGGGUCAGACCCUGGCGGUGGGUCAGACCCUGGCGGUGGGUCAGACCCUGGCGGGAGCCCGUCCUGUGUGUGGUGGUGUGACAUGCUCUACAGUGUCUGUUCCUUCAGCUCUGUCUGUUCCUUCAGCUCUACAGUGUCUUUUCCUUCAGCUCUGUCUGUUCCUUCAGCUCUGUCUGUUCCUUCAGCUCUACAGUGUCUGUUCCUUCAGCUCUGUCUGUUCCUUCAGCUCUACAGUGUCUUUUCCUUCAGUCUUCUUCAGCUCUGUCUGUUCCUUCAGCUCUACAGUGUCUGUUCCUUCAGCUCUGUCUGUUCCUUCAGCUCUACAGUGUCUGUUCCUUCAGCUCUGUCUGUUCCUUCAGCUCUACAGUGUCUGUUCCUUCAGCUCUGUCUGUUCCUUCAGCUCUACAGUGUCUGUUCCUUCAGCUCUGUCUGUUCCUUCAGCUCUACAGUGUCUGUUCCUUCAGCUCUGUCUGUUCCUUCAGCUCUACAGUGUCUUUUCCUUCAGCUCUGUCUGUUCCUUCAGCUCUGUCUGUUCCUUCAGCUCUACAGUGUCUGUUCCUUCAGCUCUGUCUGUUCCUUCAGCUCUACAGUGUCUUUUCCUUCAGCUCUGUCUGUUCCUUCAGCUCUGUCUGUUCCUUCAGCUCUACAGUCUCUGUCUGUUCCUUCAGCUCUGUCUGUUCCUUCAGCUCUACAGUGUCUGUUCCUUCAGCUCUGUCUGUUCCUUCAGCUCUAUAGUGUCUGUUCCUUCAGUUCUGUCUGUUCCUUCAGCUCUACAGUGUCUGUUCCUUCAGCUCUGUCUGUUCCUUCAGCUCUACAGUCUCAGUGUCUGUUCCUUCAGCUCUACAGUGUCUGUUCCUUCAGCUCUGUCUGUUCCUUCAGCUCUACAGUGUCUGUUCCUUCAGCUCUGUCUGUUCCUUCAGCUCUACAGUCUCUACAGUGUCUGUUCCUUCAGCUCUGUCUGUUCCUUCAGCUCUACAGUGUCUGUUCCUUCAGCUCUGUCUGUUCCUUCAGCUCUACGGUGUCUGUUCCUUCAGCUCUGUCUGUUCCUUCAGCUCUACAGUCUCUGUCUGUUCCUUCAGCUCUGUCUGUUCCUUCAGCUCUGUCUGUUCCUUCAGCUCUGUCUGUUCCUUGAGCUCUGUCUGUUCCUUCAGCUCUGUCUGUUCCUUCAGCUCUACAGUGUCUGUUCCUUCAGCUCUACAGUGUCUGUUCCUUCAGCUCUACAGUCUCUACAGUGUGUCCUCAGGGACUCAGACCCAGAGCAGUCAAAAUGA